AUGAAGACCGGUGCACCGAAUAAAGGUGGGAAAAAGUUUCUGAGCAAAUUGACGGGAAUUUUUCAUGGAAUCUGUGGAAAACGAUUUGGCGCCAGUCGGAAUAAAGUUCGUCCAGAUGAUGAAGAGCACGGAAAGAAAUCACCUGUCAGUCCGUCUGCCAGAACUGAAUUUGAUGAAAAGACGAGACCGCAGGAAAAAAUUGGUGUCAACAGACCUUCAUCCUCUUCAUAUAAUCCACAACAAUUACGGCCACAAGCAUCCACUAAUCUACCUCCGAGAUCACGUGACACGGUUGGAACAGUGCUGAAAAGUCCUCAGAGUGCUAAUUUACAAAAGAUGAAAGUACCCGGUGACGUUUCAAAGCCAUAUCGUCAAAUCAUCAGUAAAACGGGUAGAACGAAUGAGAUGACUGUUGAAAAGCCGAAAAAUGUACCAACAACAACAACAACUAAGCAACAACAACAACAACAACAACACACUUCUCCGAUUAACAAACCGAUAAAACCACAAAGUAUACAACAUUCACUACAAUCAAAACCAACCACCAGUAUUGGUCAACAUUUAAAUGAAUUGAAAAACAUGAAAGAAAAAGGUUUUAGUCAUUUAACAUCGUCAGUCAAUAAAUUCAAGGACUUAUCCCAUCAACAGGCUGUUAAAAAUGUCUUCAAAUCGAAAAGUACAAAUCAACUCGAUCAACUAAAACAAAAUGAAAUGACACCAAAGGAAUUAGGUAAUGCACAAUUGAGGAGGGCAGCACAGACAACUGAUCAAAAUGAUAAACAACUGCAUGCUAAUCAAGAAAUGAGUAAGACUAGUCGAUUACGCAAUGCAAGCAGUGCAAGUGGAACUGGUAAAGCUAGUGAUAUGGCUGCAGAGCCAUCGAAACUAACCUUUCUUGGUCAACAUCUAAGUGAGUUGAAAAACAUGAAGGAAAAAGGUUUUGGUCAAUUAGCGUCAUCAAUCAAUAAAUUCAAGGGAUCUAAUCAACAGGCUGUGAAAAAUAUCUUUAAAUCGAAAAGUACCAAUCAACUCGAUCAAUUAAAACAAACUGAAAUGACACAAAAGGAAUCGGAUGAUGAAGAGUCGAAGAGGGUAGCCGAGAGUACUGAUCAAAAUGACAAACUGCAAGCGAAUCAAGUACAGAACAAUCAAGAAAUUAGUAAGAUUAAUCGAUUACGUAGUGCAAGUAGUGUAAAUAGACCUGUUAAAACUAGUGAUGUGACUGUAGAUAAAUCAAAAUAUUUAUCAUCUACACAAAAACACCAAUCUCCUUCUCCAACUAAUAGACGACAAGUGAAAUCACAACAAACCAGCAGACCACAACAAUCAAAACCAAGUAAUAUUGGUCAACAGAAAACUGAAUUCAAAACCAGUAAAGAUCGAAGCUCAUCAUCUGAGAAUAAAUCCGACGAAUCCAGUCAACAAACUGAUAAAAGUGAUCCGAAAUCACAAAGCACCACCAGUCAACUUGAUCAGGACAAACACGAUGAAGUGACCAGUGAUGAUUCAAAGAGAAUACCACAAAAAAAUGAUCAACGUGACUCAGUCGAUGCCAGUAAGUCACAAACAAUCCGUGGUGAAAUUAAAAAGACUGAAACACCGAAUUUAGCUAAGUCUGACAAUCAUCAUACUAAACAAACGGAAUCCUCUGUCCAGUUGGAUAGUAGUAGUCAUAAGAGUAAAGUAAAAACUACUGAUAUUCAUGCGAAUCAAUUGAUUCAAAAGAAAAGUGCAACUUUAAAAAAUCAUUCAAUCAAACCAACCAGAAAAAUAUCAAGUCAAGCAUCAUCAUCCUGUGAAAAUUUAUCUGUACAAUCAAAAAAUACAUUUUCAUUCAAUAGUCAAGAUUAUUGCAAAUGUAGUAAUUGUAUACAAUCAUGCAUGAAAUGUCAUUUACUCAAUCUUUUAACAAAAUAUUUACCAUCACAUUCACGUUCUUGUAAACAUUUUGGCGAGAAUGAUAAAUCAUCAAAAGAUUUAAGAAAACCAUGUUUUACCGAAAAAUCUUCACGUCCAAAAGAAUGUUUUUGUUGUUGUGACAACAAUAUAUCGGAUAAACAAUAUCCGUAUUAUUUUCAAUCAUCUGAUUUGAAACACUAUUUAUCGCCUCAAACUAUUCGUUUAUUACAGGCGAUGAAAAAUUCUACCGUACUCAUUGAUGAUGAUGAUGAAGAUGACGAUGAUGAUGAGGAUGAUGAUGAUUUAUGCACAAGUCGUCUGGCAAAACCAACAAAGUAUCGAUCAUAUUCCAGGCCUAAUAAACCUGUCUCAACGAAUCGAAAUGUUAAGAUGAAACAAACCUACCGCCAGUACCCCCUUAGGCAGCAGCAGCAACGACAACAGCAACGGUCACAGACACGGCAUACUGCUGAUUCUCAUCUACCACCGAACAUAUCCCCAUGGUAUCCGACACUCUUGCCGAUGGCACCGCAACCGCGACUUAUAGUAAGACAUGUACCAGUGCCAGUGAUCGUUCCACAGUAUCCUACGACAACAUCGCAGCCAAUGUUUUCGUAUCCUUUCCCUCAAAUGAAUUCUUACAUUCCGCCCUAUUAUCCUAACUAUACGCAAACAUGAAAAAUGUAUCAUAACAG